GAAAAGGAUCAUCCCCUAGAUCUUUGUGACACACUGCCCAGAGAAAUCUCAUCUCAAUAUCCAGAGGCCCCCGUAGAGCCUCAAGGUGCGGCACCAUGGCCCGCUGAAGAAAGUGCGGCGAAUCGUCCCGAUCGCACAAUUGAUGACCCUGGUAACUUUAGAAAGUUCCUACGUGACUCCCGUGACGAGGCAGAGCUUGCCGUGUAUCUUGGACUCCAGCACAAACACGACCUCGGACAUUUCGCUUUGUCCUAG